CCGCACGCACUCGUCCAGCGUACGUCGACCGGUUAGGCGCGAAACCGCCGCGCACCUAACCGCCCCCAACGCUAAACAAACUAUAAACCAUUGAUAAAUCGUGAAUUAAAGACCAAAAUCAUUAGAAUAAUGUGAAACCUCAAAAGAUAAAGACAAAGCAAGCACGAUGUGGAGCUUGGUGUUAGUGCUCGCGCUUGGGCUGCUUGUUGGGGGCGGCGCGCCGCAGAAACCUAACACGGAUGCUCGGCGUCACGACGUAUACAUCGCUGGUUUCUUUCCCUAUGGGAAAGGCGUCGAGAACUCUGACACUGGUCGCGGAGUAAUGCCAAGCGUCAAACUGGCCUUGGAUCACGUCAACGAACAUUCGUCGAUAUUGCGAAAUUACCGCCUUCAUAUGUGGUGGAAUGAUACAAUGUGCAAUGCUGCUGUGGGUGUGAAAGCAUUCUUUGACAUGAUGCACAGUGGUCCACACAAACUGAUGCUGUUUGGUGCUGCGUGCACCCACGUUACUGACCCCAUUGCUAAAGCCUCCAAGCACUGGCACCUUACUCAACUUUCCUAUGCUGACACGCAUCCCAUGUUUACCAAAGAAAACUUUCCGAACUUUUUCCGUAUCGUGCCCAGUGAAAAUGCAUUCAACUCUCCUCGCCUUUCUUUACUGCGUGAAUUCAAUUGGACUCGCGUGGGAACAAUCUAUCAGAAUGAACCACGAUAUUCUUUGGCUCACAAUAGAUUGGUAGCAGAAUUGGAUGCUCUUAGUUAUCAAGUGGUAGAAACCCAAAGUUUCACCAACGAAGUAAGCGGAGCAUUAGCUAAACUCAAGGAAAAAGAUACACGUGUAAUCCUUGGAAACUUUGACGAGUACUGGGCACGCGUCAUCUUCUGCGAGGCAUACCGAAUGGAGAUGUAUGGUAGGCGCUAUCAGUGGAUAAUUAUGGGCACCUAUGCAAGUGAAUGGUGGACCAAAGUAUCACCGGAUUCAAACUGCACGGUGGAUGAAAUGACUGCUGCUUUAGAACAGACAAUUUUGACCGAUUUGCUACCUCUUAGUACCAGUGGGGAGAUUACCAUUUCUGGCAUUACCGCAGAUGAAUAUCAUGUGGAAUACAACUCAAGACGCGGUUUGGAAUAUUCUCGUUUUCAUGGGUACACAUACGACGGUAUUUGGGCUGUAGCACUUGCAAUUCAGAAUGUUGCACAUAAAAUUCGUUACUUCCGGAGAAAUCAAACAGUGAUCGACUUCAAGUAUCGUGACCCUUUGUGGGAACGGCUCUUUUUGGAUGCAUUGCAUAAUACUAGUUUUGAGGGUGUUACUGGUCCUGUCCGCUUCUACGAUAACGAGCGCAAAGCAAGCAUUCUUCUUAAACAAUUUCAGGAAGGAAAGGAGAUCAAAGUAGGAGAAUAUAGUGCAGCCACUCAACAUUUGGAUCUUACGCUUGGUGCACCGAUGAGAUGGAUUGGAAAACAUCCCCCAAAAGAUCGUACAUUACUGAUUAUCGAACACACUCGUGUCAACAAGACUGCUUACGCCAUUUUCGCGUCGCUUGCGUGUUGCGGCAUUGUAAUGGCGUCGGUAUUUCUUGCGUUCAACAUUAAAUAUCGCAAUCAGCGGUAUAUCAAGAUGUCUAGUCCUCAUCUCAACAAUUUGAUCAUCAUUGGUUGUAUGCUUACUUACACGAGUAUUGUGUUUCUUGGUCUUGAUUCGGGACUUUCCAGUGUUGAUGCAUUUCCAUACAUUUGCACCGCACGUGCUUGGACAUUAAUGGCAGGCUUCUCCUUGGCGUUUGGUGCGAUGUUUAGCAAGACUUGGCGUGUGCAUUCUAUCUUCACUGAUGUGAAACUCAACAAGAAGGUGAUCAAAGAUUACCAGCUUUUUAUGGUAGUUGGAGUGUUGCUUGCUAUUGAUUUGGUCAUUAUGACAACGUGGCAAAUCUCGGAUCCUUUCUAUCGCGAAACUAAGCAAUUGGAACCUUAUCCACAUCCAUCAAGUGAGGACAUUGUCAUCAUACCGGAAAACGAAUAUUGUGCUUCAGAUAAAAUGACUAUUUUCGUGUGCUCGAUUUAUGCAUACAAAGGUUUGCUCAUGAUUUUUGGUGCAUUCUUAGCAUGGGAAACGCGUCAUGUAUCCAUACCAGCAUUAAACGACAGUCGCCAUGUGGGAAUGAGUGUUUACAACGUGGCAAUUAUGUGCAUUUGCGGCGCUGCCGUUGCACUAGUACUCGCUGACCACCAGGACGCCAUGUUUUUGAUUAUUGCUGUAUUUGUUAUGUUUUGCACCACAGCAACUUUAUGGUUGGUGUUUGUUCCCAAAAUGGUCGAAUUAAAACGGAAUCCGGCAGGUUCCAUUGACCAACGCUGUAGGGCAACCUUACGCCCAAUGGGAUCAAAAACUCGCCGAGAUUCUAGCGCCUCCGAAAUGGAAUCCAAAAUGAAAGAAGUGAAAGCAAACAACUCAAGAUAUAGGAAAACACUAUUGGAGCGCGAGGGUGAAUUACAAGCACUCAUUCGACGACUGGGCAAUGAAGCACGUGAAUUACUUGAUUGUGCCACUGGGGCUAGUGCUAUUACCGGGGCCAGCAGUGUGGGAGGCGGUAGCGUGGGUGGCGUAAGUGUAGGUGGUGACGGCAAUCGCUUGUCUGUACCACUUCUGCGUAAAGAUGCCCCAUCCGCGACUGAAACCAGUGAAAUUACCUCAUUGUGUAGCAUUAGCUCACAAGAGCAGUUCCAUUCGCUGCAACGUGGAGAAAGUCAAAGCCGGCGUCGAAGAGCAGACUCUAAACCUGAUUUAAAUGGCGGUGGAUCAAUGGGUCAAAGCUUAAGUCGUGCUAGUUCUGGUGGGUUAGUGCAAAAUGGUCACAGAAGAGAAAGUGUUGGUCUUGAAGAACCCCUCGUCAAAGAAGAACCAAUACAACCACAACCUAUACCAAGCAGACGCACUCCCGAGCUACACAAAGCGCAAACCUUCGAUGUCGAACACUCCACAUGUCAUCGCGAGCUCCGACGCAUGAGUACAAAAGGCGACUCCAUGCCGCGGCGCUGUAGCCUAAAGAGCACCCCACAACAUGAGAAACACCCCGUUCAAGAAGUAACCGGUAGUAGUACGACUUGUGGGCGAAGAAUGAGUACACCUAAACGUAAACCUGAUCAUGGCACUCAUGUGGUAGCUAAGAGUGAGCUUUGGGACACCGGUAACCAGCACACCCACACACAUACACACAGUCUUUGUCGAUGCAGCUCUAAGUCACAUCAACGUGCCUCUCGUGUCAGUAUUUCUACAGACGAGGAGGACGCCCCGACACAUCACCGUUCUGUGUCGGAACGUACCCGACACGCACCUGCAGUAGCGCCUGCUAAACGUGGAAGUGCUGGAGGUGGUGUGGAGGUGGAUCGUAGUCCAAAGAAGGACGCUAAAUUAGCACACUUUCAGAGCACUCCGAAUGUGAACAGUGCCACAUUACGGCCAAAGGGGUCUGCAAAACAUCGACACACCCGUGACAUCUAUAACGCCACAUCUGAGAGCGAAUUGCUCGAUCGCGAGAUACUGCCCAUCUUUCAAAAGCUGCUCACCGAACGCAACAAGAGUCAGCACAAUAUUGAUUAUUCUUUCGGUAGGUCCUGUCCGAACAUUUCAAUCAAGUGCGAUAUUGUCGAAUACCUCUAAGGCCUUCUUAAUACAUGUAUGUCACUAUAACGUCAAUUUCGGAAGAGGUUGCAUGAGGCAAUCCCUUGAAAAUUGACUAAAAUACUCUCACCGAAACACACUCACUCAAAGACACAGUCAAACGCCAAUGACACACACACUAAUAGACUGUCUAAACUUGUAAGCGAAACAAAAAGACAUAGACGACAUAGACGAUCGCAUUUUAUCGCAACAUUAAAGUUCGUCACACGGCGGAUUUCGUUCAAUCGUUCAAUUGACCAUGUCUCUUACGGGGUAAACAGUUACGACAACGCGUAUCUAAACCAAAUAAAUACUGAUUGUGUUAUCGCAACUUUAAAUUCUCAUUACAUCUAGUUGUUCAUGCUGUCCUCUUCAGUCACGCAACUACUGUUAUAUUAUAAAACAUACUUAAAUGUGGUUUAUUCACGCAUACCAUUGUUCUAAUAUUGUGUUGUUAAUUGAUUAUUACAUUGUUAUAUUCACCGAAAAUAAGUAUUUGUUAUUACACCUUUAGGGAUAUUUCGUUGAAAGGCUGUUAGUUGAUUAUGUCUGUACAAAAGAAAUAUAUACAACUAUGUCGGUGUCAA